AGUCCUUUUCUCAAGUCGGAGGUCCUUGCUGCUGCUGCUCCUGCCAGCUCGUGCUCUGGCGGCGCUGUAAGUGAAGCGAUCCGCGCUUGGCGGGCACUCAUGAAAGCUAAAAAGGACUUGCAAGGCUGGCUUCAUACCAGCAGUCAAAGCUCUUCAGCUUCUCAACACCAACCUUACGAUAGCGACGACGAGAUGGCACCUGGAGCAGAAGCUCGUGCUGCCAGCAGCGCAGCUGCGACUUUCGCAAUCGGCGAUGCACCCGCCGAGGACUGGCCUGCUUUUCUCUCUUUGGCCGAGGCUAGGAUACGCAGCGGAAGUUCUAAGGCGCGCACAUCGUUUAUGAGUGGGGGCUUGGUCACUGCUGCAAAGUCCAAGUCUGUGUCAUCUUCGCAACGAGCAGAGCUGCUGGCUCGCAUCCUCCACACCUACGGCCGUUUCUCCGAUCGAUCUUCUCAUUUGGCAGCAUUGACGGCGGGAACAACGCUGCUUCGAUGCGAUGCUGCACAGGAUAGGGCGAAUUCGGAAGAGCCCAAGGGGCUGCCUAUGAGGUACGCAGUCGGCUUUCUCUCAAGAGAGGCAGAGCGGCUGUGCAAAGCGGCGGGUUCAGGACCCACGAGCGCCCCUGCUGUCAGGAUUGCUCUGCUCAGCUGGCUAUGCGCCGUUUUCGCUACGCUCGUGGAUUCGUUCACCAGUAGCGGCACUCUCGAACAAAAAGAUAACGCCAGUCAAUCACCACAUUGGCAGCCUCUUGUAUCCAACAUUGCCCUCGUGCUGGACUCACUGCUUGGUGGUGAUGAGCUCAAGCCUUCCGGACGACUCUCGGUGCUGCGGAUAGUGAGAAAGACGGUCCGAAGUUCCCAUGCGGAGCUUGUUGCCCUGAUCCACACAAUCGUCUCUACACCGACAGGGCCAGCAGCAUUCAGAGCAGUAGUCUUGCUUGGAGUAGUCACGGACGUGGCGUUGAGACUGCGGUCCGGUCGAGAGCUGCAAAAGGGCAGUUCCGAUGGAUUUGGUCGGCGCACCCUCGGAGAGGCCAAAAAGGACAUUCUCACAUUUUACACCGCCAACGUCAUCUCCUCCAAGGUGGCCGUGCCAGAGCACGUCCCCGAUUCGCUGAGAGACUUUAUCGCCGCAGAAGUGACGGAGGAGGACGUCACUACUCUCAUAAGGCCUCCUUUGGAAAAGAUGCUGCUCAGAUCACCCGAAAUUGCGCUUCUUCCUGCAAAUGCCUUCUUCAGCGCGUAUCAUGGCGAUUUGACACCGCACCUCAAGGGCCUGCAGGGUUCCAUCAUGUCCGCUUCGAGAUCUAGCGCGCCGGCAACUCGGGCGCGUGCAGUCGCCUUCUUUGGCACUCUGGUCUCGCGCACAGAGGAUGCGACCGCUGUCAAAAAUGUUUCGGAAGACAUGCUCAGCACUUUGAAGGCUGGCAAAGCUAGCUCGCCCGAGCAGAGAGGGGCUCUCUUUGACAUGCUUGCUGGAGUCAAACCCGCCUCGGACCAAUCUGCCUCGAUCACAGAGGUGAUCGCUGUGGUUCUUGGAAAGGAGAACAACGAAUCUGCAAUGCAGGCUGCUGUGCGAGCCAUCACCUCUCACACUGCUUGGCUUCUGAGCCAGGGCCAGGCUCCGCCAGCAUCGGUAGCGACCUCGCUCGCCAAGGAGCUUCAAAAUCCCAAGGUACCUCUGAGGAAAUUGGUCUGCAUUGGCGUCGGCGAGACCUUAUGGGGCUUGUCUUCUAAGAACGCAACACCCGCCUCUCUCAGCUUUGGCGAAGCACUCCUGCCCGGCCUCGCCUUCAAUCUCAAAACCGCGACUACCAGUCCAUUGACGUCCCAGUCUGGACCUUUGGAGGGCUACAUCGCCGUAGCUGCGCUCAUUGGCCGAAUGGGCGGAUGGUCUUCAGCAAAGAUCGACAGCUUCAUUGCGGACAAUGCGGUGAUUCAAGGAAUGGCAGCAGGCGGUGCCAAGCCGUCUUUUGUGCUUUGGGACAAGAUCUAUCGACGAGCGACGGGCCUCGAAGAAGAGACUUGGCACGUGCGAGCUCUGGAAAGUGUCAUCUUGCGCUACAGCGCCAAGCUUGCAGGCGAUCAGUCCGCUCGGACUGCCGCUGCUUUGGCACUGUCUCAUUGCGUCUUGUCAUCCAAUCAUCGCGAGGCAUCGCAAGCGGCGGUAGAGUCUGUCAGGCACAUCGUCGAGCGCGAUGCGGCCCUGGGACCGCAGCUCGUCCACCUAGGUCUCUCCACAUGGCUCGAGGCUCGGCAUUCUGCCCUGCCGACAGCUGGCUCGUCUACGUCGGCGUCGACGGAUGCAGAAGGCGUGACAGUCAAGCCAAAAUCGUACCAAAGGAUCUUGAGGUUGCUCCUGCAAGCUACAAUCCCUUCAAGCAAUGACGUGGCCGAAGGCCAGUGCGAAGAUAUCCUGGUGCGAUUCUUGGUACUCGCGCACCAUCCUGUCCUGCAAGACCGGGACCGAGAUCUUUUCGUGGAUCUCAUGCUCCGAGCCAAGGUCGACCCUCCCGCCUUUGUUGAGAACAAGCUAGCACAAUUGCUGAGCUCUUGCGACGAGGCCAAGGACCUUCCGUACCUGCGUGAAGCUGCAUAUCCAGCAAUGUCCACAUUGGUCCUCAUUGCGCCAUCACUUGUGUCUCAAGCUUUGACGAGUCAAGUGAUCACGAAUGUCGCCAAAGACGACCUGGCAAAUCUCACUCAGCAAGACCUAGGGAUCUGGCACACUCCUCCAGGUACCCUCUUCGUCGACAUUCUAGCGGCCAAGAAAGAUAAGCAGGCAGUGGACAAAAACAGAAAGGACGCUAAUAUCGAGGCUUGGGAGGCAGAGCUGCGCGAGUCGAUCGCUCGGAAAAAGGCAGCUGCUAACAAGACCUUCACGAAAGAGGAGCAGCGAGCCAUCGAUACGCAACUGAAGCUGGAAGCUGAGGUUCGAGCGCGAGUGACGCUGCUUGAGCAGAAGCUGGUGCAUGCUAUGCGGACCAUUGAUAGCAUCGUCAUGGCGAGGAGUGAAGGAACGCAAGGGGUCAUUUCGACGCUCACUCUGCUCGUCUCGGACCUGCUUGCAAGUCCGCAUGCGAUGAUCAUUGCGAACCAGCAAAUACAUCAGGCUGUCACCUCGCUGGUCUCUGUGCUCUCUCCUCGUCUGGCAGAGUACGAGGCAUCCUUACGUCUUGCCCUUCUCCGAAGCGUCGACGAAGAGCUCAUUUCGGAGGACCUGCGGAGAGAGCCGCUCGGCGACCUCACUCUUCGAGUGCUGUAUCGAGUGCGCUUCGUCAGCGAAGCUGCUCCUUUGGACCUGGGCAGCGUCUCCUUAAUCAGCCCCCUCAUCACGCGCGUUAUCUUUAAUGGCGGACUUGGUGUGGCAGAAACGGACGCUGAGAGCAUCGCUGAACAGGUCCAACUCGCCCUCGACUUUAUGGGCUUCCAUGCAGCAGCUUCCGAGGAUCCGCGCUUUCCUCGCAUUCUCUUCGUAGAUAAUGUUGUGCACGUAGUUGCGAAACAUACCCAGCUCGCGCAAGAAGCUGUCGCCAUCUUCCGCUCUUUGGGAGAAGCCAUCAAGACGAACGCCACCCAGGCGGAGAUUGCCGUCAUUCUGAGGCACACUCUCGCUGACGAGACUUAUGUUCGCUCUGGCAGCUUGCAGGCUUUGCAGCCGCUCGACCUUACCCACAUGGAGUACUGUGUCGAGCUUUGGGUUGCCUGCCACGACUCUGACGGUGAAAAUGCUCGUUUGGCAGAGAAGGCUUGGGAGGAGAACGCGAUGGACGUGCCGAGCUCUUACAUGGCGACGCUUGUGCCUUUGCUCGAGCAUGAAAACAACUUUGUGCGCAUCGCUACAGGAGCAGCCCUCACGGAAGCAGCGCGUCUUCAUCCCGAGUCAGUCACUGCCCUGGUUGGAGAGCUUCGCAAGCUUUACGACUUGCGAGCCGUCGAGUUGAAGCCCGAGCUGGACAUGUACGGUCUUGUGCGGGACGAAACGGUGGGCCGUGAAGAUCCUUGGCGGGCAAGGGCAGCUGUUGCGCUCGCCUUUCAAAAGCUCGCACCCCUGUUCAACGGCACGGAUGUUGAGCCAUUCUUUGACUUCUUGAUUGCUGGAGGCGCGCUUGGUGAUCGCAAUGAGGAGGUCAGACAGAAGAUGCUCGAGGCUGGCACAGCCGUCAUCGACGCAAGAGGCGGGGACACAUUGUCAGGCCUCAUACACAUGUUUGAGAGUUACCUGUCUCAUCCCACACCUGCCUUUGAGCGAGACGACGGGGUGACGGAAGCAGUCAUCAUUUUGUUCGGACGCUUGGCACGCCACCUGGAGCCCGCGGACACGCGCGUCACACAAGUCGUCGAUCGACUAAUCGCUGCCCUCGCUACCCCAUCCGAGACGGUGCAAGUCGCUGUGACGGACUGCCUGCCACCGCUAGUCCGAUCUCUGGGCGAUGCGACCUCUCCAAUGGUCGACCGUCUCUUCGCCGAUCUCAUCCAUGGCGAAAAAUAUGCUCUUCGAAGAGGUUCUGCAUAUGGUCUGGCCGGUCUCAUCAAAGGGCGCGGUAUCUCGAGCAUCGCAGAGUAUCGCAUCAUGCAGCGACUAGCCGAUGCGAUCGAAGACAAGAAGAACCCGCAGAGCAGGCAAGGAGCGAUGAUGGCGUACGAAACCUUCUCUGCCACCUUGCAGCGGCUCUUCGAGCCGUACGUUCCCAGCAUUCUUCCCCACAUGCUUGCCAGCUUUGGCGACACGUCGACGGAUGUGCGCGAAGCCACGCAAGAUACGGCCCGUGUUCUCAUGACCAACCUUUCAGGUUACUGCGUCAAGGUCGUGCUUCCGACGCUGCUGGACGGCCUUGAGGACAAACAAUGGAGAACAAAGAAGGGCGCAAUCGAGCUUUUAGGAGCAAUGGCCUAUUGCGCUCCCAAGCAACUUUCUGCCGCACUGCCAACGAUUAUCCCAAGCCUCAAUGAACCACUCAAAGACUCGCACACUCAAGUGCGACAGUCGGCCGAGCGAGCCAUCAAGGGCUUUGGAGAGGUCAUUCGCAACCCUGAGAUCAAAAAACUGGUACCCACGCUCCUCAAAGCACUCAUCGACCCAAAUGCAAAGACGGCCACGGCACAGUCACGGCUGCUCAAGACUACCUUUGUGCACUACAUUGACGCCCCCUCUCUGGCAUUGGUGAUUCCAGUCAUCGAUAGAGGCAUGCGAGAGAGGAGCGCUCAAGUGCAGAAAGACGCCGCGAAAAUUGUGGGCAACUUGGCCAGUCUGACCGAUGCCAAGGAUUUCACACCUUACUUGCAAACCUUGGUGCCUCUGAUUCGGACCGUGCUGGUGUCGCCCGUUCCGGAAGCCAGAGCUGUCGCUGCCAGAGCUCUCGGCACCUUGGUGGAACGCCUUGGGGAGGUCUACUUUGUCGAGCUGGUGCCCAGCCUGCUCCAAGUGCUGCGCUCUGAUGCGACGGGAGUGGACAGACAAGGCUCUGCGCAGGGUCUGGCCGAGGUGCUGGCAGCGCUUGGCAUGGAACGCAUGGAGUCGUUGCUACCCGAGCUGAUUGCGCAAGCGAGCAGCAGCAGACCAUACGUGCGCGUCGGACAUCUCACGCUGCUCAUUUAUCUGCCCGCCACCUUUGGCGUUCGUUUUGCUGUGCACUUGCCACGCAUCUUGCCGCCAAUCGUCUCGGGCAUCGCAGAUGAAAGCGAGAGUGUGCGCGAAGUGUCCAUGCGCGCGGGUAGAAUGGUCAUUGCUCAGUACUCGUCCGAAGCUCGACAACUGCUCCUUCCAGAGCUCGAGCGCGGCAUGUUCGACGAGAGCUGGAGAGUGCGUCUCUCUUCCAUCCAGCUCGUUGCUGAACUAUUGUACAAGCUCAGCGGCAUCUCUGGCGCGAAUGAUGUCGCCGAUGACGAAGAGGGCGGCGAAGGAAAUGAGGAGAACGCCGUGGUAGGCAAUUCGAUCCAGCGCCAGCUCAUGGAGUCCCUUGGCAAGGAAAGAAGAGAUCGCAUCCUUGCUGGCAUCUAUAUCCUGCGCCAAGACUCUGUCAUCAACGUGCGCCAGACUGCGCAGAAUGUUUGGAAGACGCUCGUCGCGAAUACUCCCCGGACGGCUCGCGAGGUACUUGCAGUGAUGCUGGAUCUGAUCAUCCAGGCUCUGGCUGCCGAAGGCGUGGAGCAAGGAGAGAUGGCCGGAAGAACGCUUGGCGAGCUCGUUGCAAAGCUGGGAGAGCGCAUCCUUGGAGAGUGCAUUCCUCUCUUGCGGCUCAAAGGUGCCGAAGCAUCCGAUGCGCAGCUCCGGGCAGGUGUCUGCUUCGCUGUCACUGAAGUUCUGUCGGCAGCAACGAGAUCGCAAUUGGAUGAUCACGAAGACAGCCUCAUCGCCAUUGUUCGUCACGGCUUGGUCGACGAAUCUGCCAAAGUACGGCAGGCCGCGGCGUCCGCAUUCGAUGCCCUGCAGCGCGUCAUCGGACCUCGAGCUAUUGACGAGACCAUCCCAACCUUGCUUGGUGCGCUACAGGAGGGUACCGGAAGCUCAGAGACUGCACUCGCUGCCCUCCGCGAAGUCAUGCGCGCUCGUGGCGACGUGGUGUUCCCCGUGGUGGUCCCCACUCUCACGAAGCAGCCCAUCUCUGCCUUUAAUGCCCGCGCGAUCUCUGCCCUUGUGCGCGUUGCAGGCAGCUCGCUCACCAAGAAAUUGUCGAGCAUUCUCGGAGCUUUGUCGACCUCGCUAGAGAGGGAAGCGGAUGAGAAGACGCGAUCGGACCUCGAGGGCGCAGUCUCGAGCAUUCUGAGCUCGGUCUCUGACUUUGAGGGUCUCCAUCAGCUUAUGCUACUCUUGCUUGGCUGGGCAGGCGACAGGGACAAUCCCAAGCAGCGAGUACGAGGCUGCCGAUUCUUUGCCACCUUUUGCUCUGUCAAACGUGGCGAUGUCGACAUCAGCGACUACCACCAAGACUGGGUGCGCCGCUUACUGUCGCUCUUCGAAGAUCGCACAUCGGAAGUGGUGGAUGAGGCAUGGACAGCUUUGGACGCGCUGCUCAAAACAGUUCCAAAGGGCGAGGUUGAGAAUCUCGUCGUGCCCAUGCGCCGAACCCUCGAGACGACUGGUGCACCGGGAGAAGAACUGCCGGGACUGUGCAGACCAAAAGGGCCUGCGCCCCUGGUGCCCGUGUUUCUUGCAGGCCUGCUAAACGGGACGGCCGAGCAGCGCGAACAAGGAGCGUACGGUUUGGCCGACAUCGUGGAGCGGACGUCGGCGGACGCGAUCAAGCCAUUCGUCAUUCAGAUGGUUGGUCCGCUAAUCAGAGCGUGCGGUGAUCGACACCCGGGCGCUGUGAAAGCUGCAAUCCUGGUCUCUCUCACAACCACCCUGCGAGUCGUCCCUCAACACACCAAGGCAUUCCUUCCUCAGCUUCAGCGUUCGUUCCAGAAGGCCGUCUCGGACGCCUCUUUGAACGUGCGGUCCAAAGCUGCCACCGCGCUGGGCGUGUUGAUGGCGUUGCAGGCGCGUGUCGACCCAGUGAUCUUGGAGCUCGUGGCAGGAUCGCGACCUGCUGUGGGAGGACCUGCCCCCGCUGCGGCAGCGAGCGCAGCUGGAAGUGCCCAGACCGGUCCGGUGCCAGAUGCAAAGACGUUGGCAGAAUCCUCGCUCUCCGCCCUUGCGCAGGUUCUGGCAGCGGCGCCAGCGAAGAACAUUGGUGCUGCGGCUAGAGAAGCGGUGAGCGGUUUGGUGGAGGAAGCCUUUCAGGAAUGCGCUGCCACCGGUACCAAUGCUGUCAAGGAUGGAGCCAAGGUGGUGCUAGCCGACGUGUUUGGCGCACUCGUCGCUCUGGGCGAUCCCCGCACUGCAGAGGGAGCACCAGGCGCGAUGCGCAUCUUUGCGGUUCACAUUUCGCAAGAUGCACCAGAGGCGCAGCUGGCAAGUCUGUGCUUAGCUGCGAGCUUGGAGAGAGCAAGCGGGCAGACGUUUGUCAUCGAUUCACCUACCCGCUUGGCUCGUGCAGUGGGUCACUGGUGCACUUGCGACGCUUCGGUCGCGCGACCUGCCAGACAAUCGCGAGAGAUCAUGCAGGGUCAGUCUCCUUGGAAGGACAAUGCAGAUGUGCUUGAUGUAUUGUAAAGAUCAGAUACCAUCGAAAUGGCCAAGCAGAAAAAAAAAAGGCAAAUAGCCAACAAGUGCAAAAUGCAACCCAGAGUCUGAUCCUAUCGUCACCAUGGCGGCUGAUCGCGACUCGUUACUACGUCUUGGUGCCGUAUGGAGAGACAAAAAGCAUUGGGUAAAUGAAGGUACAUUCACAUUAUUUGAUCUCCAUUGCGUUUAUUGAACUCGUCUUGUUCGCGUACAUUUACUUGUGGAAGUGGUCCGCGAGAACCUUGAGCUGAUUAUUACCA